UUUUUCUUUAUUGAACAUGGCUAGCCCUUAUUCUUAUGUCAGUUAUAUCAAAUUACCUCAGACAACUAAAUUACCAGUCUUGUUGCUUAUGCCAAUGUAUCUCUCAACACUAAUGUUAGACUAUGUGCUUAUUAAAAAUGAAAAAAGGCUUUCGAUUACACCUCUUCAAUUACGCAGUUUUAUUGGUCUCUAUCAUUUCAUGUUGCCACUCUUUUUUGAUUCCAGAUACGACUUUGCCAACAUCUCAUUCAUGUUACAGCCAUGGAUCCUUGCAAUUCAAAUCUUUUUUAUGACAGAAUCCCAUCUCACCUUAACAGAAUGGUUGUUGAUGAUGAUCAAAGUAGCCACAUUCCAAGAUGAAACCCCGAACACAGAAUCAGAUCAAUCGAUUCGGUUACAAGGCAUAAAAAAACUAGUGCGAGGCAUAGCUAAGCUUGGGUUUAACAGGAUAGCGCUGCAGGGUCUCUUGCCUGCUGAUUUGUCUAUCCUGUUGUCUAUGCGAUUCUAUAGUCCUAAAGCCAUGUUUUAUACAUAUGUAUUAGCGAUGCGUAUCUAUUGUAUGAUGAGUAUGGUUGAUGUAUGGAUGGGUAUACUACAGAUUGUAUUCCUAGUACGCUUUCAAGAUCUUUUUCAUAAUCCAUUUAUAUCAAUUAGUCCUAAGGAUUUCUGGAAUCGAAGAUGGAAUAGGGCUGUUAGUCGUAUGUUUCAUCGGUUUAUGUUCUCGAAAGUAUCUGCUAAAAAAGGCAAACAAGCAAAGCAUCAAUCAUUCUUGAUGUCUUCACCUACUGUGUGCGGUCUAGGAGUAUUCUUUGUGAGUGGCUUGUUCCAUGACUUUAUGAUUGCAGCAGCCACACGUAUCCUGACAUUUGAAAUGACCUUGUUCUUUAUGAUUCAUGGUAUAGCCGUGGCUCUUGAGGUCAAUUUGUUCAGAAAAAGGAUUCCUCCAUACAGCAUGACUUCUCGGAUCUUAUGCCAUGUAUUGACAACCUUGUUUUUUGUGACAACAGGUCGAUUAUUUUUAAGUCCAAUCUUACGAAAUCAAGUGUUUUUGAGGAUAGCAAAUUGGUUUUAACGAAUUCUUUAAUAAAUCAUAACCUUGUUGAUUCUGGACCAAUAUCAAUUCAAACAAGAGGGGAAUGUCUGCAAAGCUCAGUCUAUUUAAAAGAACUGGUCUCAGUGGCUUUCUUUUUUUUUUUCGUCUUUAUA